GAGGAGGUAGAGGAAGAAAAGGAGGAAGAGGAGGAUGAGGUGGUCUACAUGGAGCCUGCCAUCCCUCUUUCCCCUAGUACUCCUGCUCAGGAAUGUGAGGAUACAGAAGUGGCAGCGGGGGAGGUAAAGAUUGGUUCCCCGUUGACUGAAGAGGAGGAAGAGGAGGAGGAAGAAGAGGAGGAGGAAGAAGAGGAGGAGGAAACAGAAGCAGGGGAGGUGGAAGAAGAGGACCACGACUCUCACAAAGCCCCACCUACCACAGUGGUCAUUGAGAUACGAUCUGAGGAAGAGGAGGGGGAAGAGGAGGAGGAAGAUGACUGUCUCUCACAGGGUUCGGGUGUGACAGAUGACUCAGAGACCUGGGAUAUGACCCGGGGGAACUUGGGACUGCUGGAGCAAGCCAUCGCCCUGAAGGCCGAGCAGGUGAGAGGGCCGCACGUCGACCAACAGUCUCCAGAGCACCAGCACUACCACAGCCCCGACGACAGGGCCAGCAAAGCCAUGGACCAAGCCAUGCGACACAGAGGACACCACAGCAAAGAAAAGAAGGAGGUGAAAUGCCCUACCCCUGGGUGUGAUGGGACGGGCCAUGUGACUGGGCUGUACCCCCACCACCGCAGCCUCUCUGGGUGCCCUCACAAAGAUAGGAUCCCACCUGAGAUACUGGCCAUGCAUGAGAACGUGCUGAAGUGUCCAACUCCAGGAUGCAUAGGCCAGGGUCACGUAAACAGCAAUCGCAACACACACCGCAGUCUUUCCGGUUGUCCCAUAGCAGCUGCAGAGAAACUCUCCAAGGGAGGCCAUGUCACCCCCAGUCACCCCCAGCCUUCAGUCAGCGAGCCCCCAACUGGGAGCCCCCAUUCAGACAGAGUUCUCCGACCAAUGUGUUUUGUGAAGCAGCUGGAGAUCCCUCAGUAUGGCUACAGACCCAACAUGGUGCCUGCCACACCCCGUGCCAACCUGGCCAAAGAGCUGGAGAAAUAUUCCAAGGUCUCCUUCGACUAUGCAAGCUUCGACGUCCAGGUGUUUGGGAAGCCUUUGCUGGUUCCAAAGAUACCCACCACCAGUCAAACCUCACCCAAAGCCUUCAAAUCUAAACCAUUCCCUAAGGCCACGUCCCCGGGCCAUAGCUUCUCGGGAGGAUAUGCAAAGAGCAGCUCCUCCUCGUCCUCCAGUGGCUACGAUUACACCCAUGAUGCCGAGGCUGCUCACAUGGCUGCCACUGCCAUUCUGAACCUGUCCACACGCUGCUGGGAGAGUCCAGAGAAACUUUGCACCAAACAGCAGGACCCAGCUGGCAAGGACAUAGAUAUUGAAGUGGAUGAGAAUGGGACACUGGACCUGAGCAUGAAGAAGCCCAUCAAGAUGGAAGGGAUGCAAUCACCAGACCCCUGCUCUUCCUCCUCCUCGCAGCACCCGGGAGACGUUCCCUCGUCCCAGGGCCACCUACAGGAGGAGUUGGAGGGGCCUCUGGACUUCACUAAGCCAAACUGUCCCAAAGAGAAGGAGGAGCAGGAUGAGAUGGACUAUGUGGCCCACUCCUACACCUCCUCUGAUGCAGAAGAUGAUGACAUCACCCAGGAGAGCAUGGAGGACAGGAAGUACCCAGGCGAGGUCACCACGUCCAGCUUCAAGGUCCAGUUCUCACCCAAAGACUGCAAAAAAGAGGUUCUACUAUGUCCCACCCCAGGUUGUGAUGGCAGUGGGCACAUCACUGGAAACUACGCUUCACAUCGGAGGUGUCCGACCCCUGAAUGCGAUGGAUCAGGUCACAUCACUGGAAACUACGCCUCCCAUAGAAGUUUGUCUGGAUGCCCCCGUGCUAAGAAAGGUGCCAUCAAGACAACACCCACCAAGGAUGACAAGGAAGACCCUGAGCUUUUAAGUCGAUGCCCGGUGCCCGGCUGUGACAGCCUGGGCCACAUCAGUGGGAAGUAUGCCACCCACCGUAGUGCCUAUGGGUGCCCGCUGGCAGCGCGGCGUCAGAAGGAGGGGCUCCUCAACGGUUCUCCUUUCUCCUGGAAGGCCUUCAAGACGGAGGGCCCCACCUGUCCCACCCCCGGCUGUGAUGGAUCAGGACACGCCAACGGCAGCUUCCUCACACACCGCAGUCUCUCUGGUUGUCCCAGAGCCUCCGCUAAUAAGAAGAGAAGCAGGUUCCCUGGAGACGAGUACAUUACAGCAAAGUUCAAGGCCAGCGAUGUUCUGGAUAAUGAUGAAGAUAUCAAGCAGCUGAACAAAGAGAUUGGGGAACUGAGUGAGUCCAACUCAGAGAUGGAGGAUGAUAUGAUGAACCUGCACACACAGAUCUCAUCCAUGGAGAAGAACCUGAAGAGUAUGGAGGAGGAAAACAAGCAGAUCGAGGAGAGGAACGAUGCCCUGUACAUGGAGCUGUCUGGCCUGAGCCAAGCUCUGAUCCGCAGCCUGUCCAACAUCCGGCUGCCACACAUGCAGGAACCUAUGUCGGACCAGAACUUCGAUAAUUACGUGGACACCUUGACCCAUAUGUUCUCCAAUAAAGAUUGCUACCAAAACCCGGAGAACCGCGCUCUGUUGGAGUCCAUCAACCAAGCAGUAAAAGGCAUCGAAGUGUAGUCUCUAAAAGUGUGGUGAGACAUAAUGGAACAUACGAAAGGGAGGUAGAAGAGGGUAGAGGAGGCAAGGUGACAUGGUGUCUGGGUAUACACAGCCCAACAACCAUAAAUAAUCAUCCCUUGCUUUUGGAAUAUAUACUUGGUUUUUCUCUUAUUUGUUUUGGAGAAAAUAUGUUGUCCAUUUCAUGUUGCUCCCCUCCCUGUUUGCAUGAAGGUUAACAGGAUCAAUGGACACACAAGUGUUUUUUGUGCGCAUUGAAGUAAACUGUGUUGGUGUGGGUGUUUGGGAACCUUACGAGGGGUAUAAUAAAAAAAGACAUCCACUUUAAUUGUACAGAACAGACUAAGAAUGCAGUAUACUGGCUCCAAUACCCCAUCAUAACAUACGCUCCAAAAUAGUGUACUUGUGUUCCAACCCUAUUGAGUAAUGUUGAUAGUAUUUAUGGGCAUAGAUAUUGCACUUCCAGGAAUAGUUUGUGGUUUCAUUAUUAUUGUUGUGUGUGAAUAUGAGUCUGUUUAAUAUAUUAUUUAUUCAUGUUGUGUUAAUUUAGCUUAUUUAUUCAGCAUUUAUUUAUUGACUUAUUUAUUUUUACAAAAAAAAUGACACUGAAGACAUUUUUAAACAGCAACUGAGAGGACUUGUUUAUCCUCUGCAUUGUUGAAAAAGAGGAAAUAUUUUAAAAUAUCAACUAUAAAUUGUUUUAUAUAUCUUAUUUAUUUGAAAUACUGGGAUCUUUUUUAAGUGCAAAUAUUUUGUAACCGACAAGUUUUGAUAAUUUUUUAAAGAGUUAGAUUUUUGUUUAUAUCAUUUAUUUUAUUUCCAUAAAGUAUUUUGAGACACCUUUGCAAUGAACUAGGAAAAAUAGGAUGAACGUAUUUAAUAUUUAUUUGAUAAUGAAGAACAAAGUGAAUGGAGAUGUUGAUGUAUAUUUAUUUUGUAUUGUCUAUGUCACGUGUUAGUGAUGAUGGCUGUGUAUGGAUUAGUCUUUGCCCAUAUGUUGAUUUUGAAAUAAAGGAAAACCUGUGCUA